CCCUCCGCAGCGGAUUGCAACGGCCUUGCAACAUGAUUGGUCUUCGCGCAGUUGUGCUGGCGGUGGCGAUGGUGCACGUCGCGUCUGCCGGCGGAAGCUACGGCGGCGGGUUCGGCGGAGGCUUCGGAGGAGGAUCGUUCGCUCGCCCUUCUGUCGGAUUCGCUCGCCCUUCUGUGGGCUUCGGAGGAGGAUCGUUCGCGCGCCCUUCCGUUGGUUUCGGAGGAGGAUCGUUCGCGCGCCCUUCCGUCGGUUUCGGAGGAGGAUCGUUCGCGCGCCCUUCCGUUGGCUUCUCUCGUCCUUCCGUUGGAUUCAGCAGCGCCUCCUUCGCGCGUCCUUCCGUGGGCUUCGGCGGGAGCUCCUUCGGGGGUUCUGGUGGACUGGGACUCGGCGGCGCCUCCUUCGGACGCCCUUACUCGUACGGACGGUAGGCGGCCAGCGGCAGGGGAGGGGCGCACUGGAGAACCUGCACUCCCAACUUUUCCUAAAGGUAUAGAUUCACGCCGUAUGGCAUUUAAUAAAGGACACCAUAUAUA